GACGUCCACCUCUCUAUCCAUAAAGUUAAUAAUAAUUAGCUUUUCACACUGCCCUCUGCCUCGGCUGCAAAUUCCAACUAUAACAUUUCUUCCUGGGUUUUCAGCAUGUAACUCUAGCCCCAUGGCAAUCGUCGCACUACUCUGCCUCUUCUCCACCAUCGUCCAUCUUCUCCCAUCUCUCCCCAUCACCACCGCCAAAACUCCACCUCCUUACACUCCUACUGAUUAUUUCCUCCUCAACUGUGGCUCCUCCUCCAACUCUACCUCACUCGAUGGCCGGCGCUGGGAAGCCGAUUCCAACUCAAAGUUCUCCCCCCACGACAUUCAAACCACAUCAUCAUCAUCCAAUGCUUCCAAUUUUGACCUUUCCCUUUCUCAAGUCCCCUACAUGACUGCUCGUAUAUUUGAUCGCCACUCCAAAUUCACCUAUUCUUUCCCUAUCUCGCCCGGCCCAAAAUUCCUCCGCCUUUACUUCUACCCUACAUCAUAUACCCAUCACGACAAAACCAAAUCUUUUUUCUCUGUCACUGCCAAUGACUUCACACUCUUAAGCAACUUCAGCGCCUAUCUCUCCAUCUCCACUACAACUCCUUCCACAACAUUUCUUGUCAAAGAAUUCAUCGUCCACGUUCAACAAAAUCAAAAUCUCGACGUAACCUUCAUGCCAUCUCCAAGCUCUUAUGCCUUCAUCAACGGGAUCGAGGUUGUUUCUAUGCCAAGUAAAUUAUACAAUAUUAGUAAUCAAGACAUGCCCCCAGUGACCUUUGUAAAUGAACGCGACAACGAGGCCUUCUAUAUUAAUAUUCCAUUCGCUUUUGAGACGUUGUAUAGGUUAAACGUGGGUGGCAAAGAUGUUCCCAGCGUUGAAGAUACUGGAAUGUUCCGAUCUUGGAGUCAGGAUGAGGAUUACAUCUUUGGAAGGGCACUUGGCGCCAUGCCUCAUCGGUCCAAUGUCACGAUCAAGUACACUGAGGACACCCCACCAUACACCGCGCCAGAGAUUAUAUACACUUCUUCUCGUACAAUGGGUAGGGAUCCUAACAUUAACUUGAAAUAUAACCUCACUUGGAUUUUUCCUGUGGAUGUUGGGUUUCUAUAUCUGGUUAGGCUCCAUUUUUGUGAGACUCAAUUAGAAGUUACGCACGAUAAUCAACGGGUAUUUCGUGUAUUCAUCUAUAAUCAGACGGCAGAAGAGCAAAUGGAUGUGAUCCAAUGGAGUGGUGGCAAUGGAAGUCCUGUGUACAGAGACUACGUUGUGUUGGUGCCUGGAAAAUCUCAAGCUAAGCAGGGUUUAUGGCUUGCACUCCAACCAAACAGAGACGUGAUUCCAAAACCGGAUUACGCAGAUGCGAUCUUGAACGGUGUAGAGAUAUUCAAGUUGAACCAAUCGGAUGGUAACCUCGCUGGGCCCAAUCCAGAACCACCGAUGUUGGGUCCAAGUUCAACAUCCUCCGAACCAAAUCAGAAGAAGACAACUCCUAAAAAUAAGCUCUCACAGAGUAUGAUUGCAACAGGAAUUGCCACUGGUGCUUUUCUUGCAAUACUCAUUAACAUAUGUUUCUUAGUUCACCAUCAGAGGAGGAGGAAGAGAUCGGAUGAAUUUGGUACGAGCUUGGCCAAAUCCUCAUGGGUCCCAUUUUCCAGGACGUGGAGGUCCACUGACGAGAACGUUUCGACACUGCCAUUAGAACUAUGUCGUUACUUCUCGAUCGUGGAGAUCAAAGCGGCCACAAACAACUUUGAUCGCCGAUUAGUCAUAGGUGCUGGAGGAUUUGGCAAUGUGUAUAAAGGGUACAUUGACAGCGGAUCCACCGCUGUUGCGAUCAAACGGUUGAACCCAUCGUCAAAGCAAGGGACUCGCGAGUUUUGGACUGAGAUCCACAUGCUCUCCCAGCUUCGCCAUGUUAAUCUCGUGGCUUUAAUCGGAUAUUGUGAUGAUCAAGACGAGAUGAUCCUUGUAUAUGAGUACGUGGCACGAGGGACCCUACGUUCUCACCUCUAUGGAAAUGACAACCCUACGCUUACAUGGAAGCAACGCGUCCAAAUUUGCAUCGGCGCAGCGCAUGGGUUGAACUACCUUCAUACAGGUGCAAAGAAUAUGAUAAUUCAUCGCGACGUGAAAUCCACGAACAUUCUGCUAGAUGAGAGGUUGUUAGCUAAGGUUUCAGAUUUCGGUUUGUCAAAAUUGGGUCCCACAAGCAUGUCCCAGACCCACGUCAGCACUGUCGUGAAAGGUAGUUUUGGGUACGUGGACCCGGAGUACUAUCGGAGGCAGAAGCUAACGGAAAAAUCUGACGUGUACUCAUUCGGGGUGGUGUUGUUUGAGAUAUUAUGUGCUAGGCCAGCAUUGAUGCCGAGCCUACCCAAGGAGCAAGUGAACUUGGCUCAAUGGGCCAGGAAAUGUUAUCAUAAUGGGACCCUUGAUCAGAUCGUUGACCCGCGUUUGAGAGGUGAGAUUGCAUACGAUUGUCUUAACAAGUUCGGGGAGGUUGCAGAUAGUUGCAUACGUGAUCGAGGAAUCGAACGGCCAACAAUGAGAGAUGUGGUGUGGUCCCUUCAGUUUGUACUUAAACUUCAAGAAAACGCUGAGAAGAAUAUCAACGAUGGACAUGGGGUUGAGGAUGUAGGCUGUGUUGACCUGGACACAGGUGGGACCCAAGCCAGCCCAUCUAAUCCACGUGGAGAGGUGAGUGCCUCUGAUUUUGAUGACUUGUUUUCUUCUCCUGGACACGUGUUGAACUCAAGAAGUAGUUGGGAAGCUAGUAGUGGUGGGAAGAGUAUUCAGAUGGGAUGGAAUAAUUCUAUAUCCAACAGUAAAGAUGAAAGAAACUCGGGAAUUGAUCAGAAUUUGUAAGUGUAUUUUAUUUUUGUAAUUUAGAGAAUAUACAUAAAGACUGAAUGCUGUAGAUUUAUAUAA